GUCAUGUUUAAAUUUAGAAUAAAUUAAUAUGGAGACUCCUCAUCAUCAUGAAACAAUCGAUAUCAGUCAGUGAGAAAUACUUGGAUUCUUUGGUUUGGUUAUCCAAUGAAUCCUAGGUCUUCUUUCCUUCAUGGCCUUACUAGUCAAAAGGUUCUUUGAAAACCCCAAGAGAUCAUGAUUAGUGUGGGCACUUGAUAUUUCAAAACAAAUAUUCUCUGCUGCACUUGCUCACUGAAUCAAUAUGGCUCUAGCCAUCGUUCUGAGUGGAUCCAAUCAAAGUGACAAUUGUGACUGGUACUUUAUCACAACUGCAACUGAUGUCAUCAUUGGAAUAUUCCUUUGUUAUGUUAUCUUAAUGGGUGUAGAGCGUAUUGCCAGUUACUACGAAAUUUAUGAAUUAAACACAGGUGUCUACAUUCGAGAAAAUAAAAUGUUUCAGAUCGAUGUUGAGAAUUUUCAGCCUGAACACCAAGCUGAACGAUUUGAAAUCGAUUACAAAAUUUAUUUCAUCCAAUUAAUUGUCUGGGGACUUGUUGUCUGAGUUGCCAAGUUGAUCAUCUACCUUCUUCAUCUUGUUCUUGCGCCUGUCCUUGAAUUAGGAACUACUUUCUUGAUAGGCUGGCUCAAUGCAUACCCAAAUUUGAAGCUAGUAAUUAUUAUGAUCCUUAUCCCAUGAAUUUUCAAUGCUAUACAGUUCUGGAUCCAAGACAAUAUCCUCAAAGCAAACAAGAAGUCUAAUAUAGAAUUCCUAGUUAAUGCGAGAAUCGCGAGGAGCAUGACAAUGAAGCCUUACAGAAUCCCUAAAUUGGUAUCAGAAAAGACUGCGAGACCUCAAAGAUCUGGCUCUCUUACCAGCACCAAGAAGUCACCGUUUAAUGACAUUUAACAUUUCAAUGAGCUAA